GCAGUUCUGGCAGGUCUUAAUGCCUCAUGUUUGAAUCAGAGGUCAUAAGGGAGGCCUCUGGAGGCCGCUCGAAGGGGCGAUAACUAAGGCUUGCAAUCCCUUUCUGAGACACUCUCGUUAGGGCCCAGGAUUGACUGCACGCUGAACUAUACCAGCCAACUAUGUCGCACAGUGAAGCUGACUGGUGGGGUCCUGGCUUUUCCCUGUAGGCUGGCUGGGCCUGAAGUUUCCAGAGCACCCCUCCACACCCACCAAACCCCUGACCCUGCAUGAAUCAUCCUGUACCCGCUUCCUAACUCGUCAAGUCAGAAGCAGCAGUUGCCUUUGCUAUGCCCCAUGGGUGUUGGGUUUGUUUUUCCACCCGGGAACCAUCAGCCCUUGAACCACCUCCCAGUGAGGCUGCUUAAUCAGGAGCUGUUUACUACCCAGUUCCUUCUUGCUGCCAUCCGACUCCCCAUACUGUCUUUUCACAGACUCCAGGAGUGAGUCUCAGCUCAGCUAGGUUUGGCUGAGUGACUUUGACAACUCCCUUGGCUUCUCCAGUGUCUGGUCUCCUCGUAGAGAUGACACUGCACUUGCCAUGGUGAAUGAAUGCAAGAGAGAAGUCAUGGGAACAGACUGUGACCUGUAGUAAGCCUGUGUAAUUAAUUGUUGGGUGGUGUUACAAGUGCUGACAGAAUAUAGUGACUGAUGGUUUCUCACGCCCUUGAUGGACGGAGGAAGGAGAGAGCCCAAUACUGCCCCCAGGACCUUAGAGACAAGUGUCUGGUGCCUGGCACAGCCUCUCCGUGUGUAGCUAGGGCUGUCCCAAUGUCUCCUGUGCCCAGAAUGAUGUCAAGAAUGCAACAACAGUGUGCCAAGAGCUAGAGGGGCCGCCUGAAGCUGAGCUAGAGUGGCCUUUGGGCUUGGGGAUCCCAAAACAAUCGGGGAGCCUCCUGGGGGAGGGCUGAGUAGGUUGAGGUUCUGGUACUGAGAUGGACAUGCUCACAGAGUUGGCCCGGCUGUGCCUGGGAGGACACAAGAUCAGAAAGGAAAAGAUGAGUGGAGAGGGAGGAGAAGAGGUGGCCACACCAUUUAAAUCCUGUCGUUAUCUGAUGUCAUUCUCUCCAGUCCUGCACUGAGGAGCCCUGGAGACACAGCUGCUGCACUUCCAGCCCCCAGACUUAGGAGGGGCCAGCUCUGUAUCCAGAGGGUGAAGGAAAGCAGGCCAGGAGUGCCCUGUCUUGAAGACAGACUCUCAUCAGAGACAGAGAGAAGCACCCGUCCCACAGCCCUGCAAGAGAGGAGUUGGGGCAACAAGGAGAGAGGAUUCUGAGAAGAGAGGAAAAAUUAACAGAGAAAACGACGAGACAGUUCGCAGCUAACCCAAGCUCUCUAGCCGGUGACAGAGACCGGAUACCGCAAGCAUCAGGAUUGUAGCUGUGCCUUCUGCCUCUAGCUUUGUGUGGGUGCCAAGGAUGUGUGCGCGGCGAGCGCUUUGCCCGCUGAACCAUCUCCUCAGGCCCUCACUGCGGCUUUUGUUUCCUGCAGAACUCGAGACAUGCCCACCAUCGCUUCUCCCCUGCCUCUCGCCACCACCGGUCCUGAGAACGGCAGCUCCAUCUACGACUAUGACUACUUGGAUGACGUGACUGUCUUGGUUUGCAGCAAAGAUGAGGUCCUGUCCUUUGGCAGAGUCUUUCUGCCGGUGGUCUACAGCCUGAUCUUUGUGCUGGGCCUGGCCGGCAACCUCCUUCUCCUGGUGGUAUUGCUCCACUCUGUGCCUCAACGACGACGGAUGAUUGAGCUGUACCUGCUGAACCUGGCUGUCUCCAACCUCUUGUUUGUAGUGACGAUGCCCUUCUGGGCCAUCUCUGUGGCCUGGCAUUGGGUUUUCGGCAGUUUCCUGUGCAAGGUGGUGAGCACUCUCUACUCUAUUAACUUUUACUGUGGCAUCUUCUUCAUCACCUGCAUGAGUCUGGACAAAUACCUGGAGAUUGUCCACGCUCAGCCCCUCCACAGACCCAAGACCCGGUUCAGGAACCUGCUUCUCAUUGUCAUGGUGUGGAUCACAGCCCUGGCUGUCUCUGUCCCAGAAAUGGUCUUUGUGAAGGUCCACCAGACCUUAGAUGGUGUGUGGCACUGCUAUGCCGAUUUUGGCGGACAUGCAACCAUUUGGAAGCUGUACCUGCGCUUCCAGAUGAACCUCCUGGGGUUUCUCUUCCCACUGUUGGCCAUGAUUUUCUUUUACUCCCGCAUCGGUUGUGUUCUGGUCAGGCUGAGGCCACCGGGACAGGGCCGGGCUCUGAGGACGGCUGCGGCCCUGGUGGUAGUCUUCUUCCUGCUGUGGUUCCCGUACAACCUCACCUUGUUCCUGCACUCGCUGCUGGAUCUGCAUGUCUUUGGGAACUGUGAGAUCAGCCACCGUCUGGACUAUAUGUUGCAGGUGACAGAGAGCCUGGCCUUCUCCCAUUGUUGCUUCACCCCAGUCCUCUAUGCCUUCUCCAGUCACAGUUUCCGCCAGUACCUUAAAGCGGUUCUGUCCGUGGUGCUGAGACGGCACCAGGCACCUGGCACCGCCCACGCCCCUCCAUGUAGCCAUUCGGAGAGCAGCAGGGUUACUGCCCAGGAAGAUGUGGUCAGCAUGAACGACCUUGGCGAGAGGCAGGCUGACAUCUCCCUUAACAAGGGGGAGAUAGGAAAUAAUUAAUCCCCGGGUCUGGGAACGGUGGUUCUCUCUGAGGGACAGCAUGGCCGUGCUUGCUGCUUGCCCCAGUGGUUUCCAACCACCAGCAGUCUUUGUUCACUACUGCCUCUCCCUCCUUCCACUUCCUGAUCCCAUACUCACUGAUGAACCACUGCAGCUCUUCACUGAUCUCCGCUUCCGUCCUGGCGCUUCUGUGGCUUUUCCUGGCCCCCGGCAGCCAAUGAGGACACUCCAUUCUUGGCCAUAAAGGCCAUAAAGAUAUAAAACCUUCAAGGGCUAUGUGAUAAGUCUGUGACUUUAUCUCCACCAUACUCGCUCCUGGUCUUUGGGUUCAGGGUGCACCGGCUUCUACUAGUCCGGAGCACUCCAUGUUCAUUCCGUUAGGGGAAGUUCAGCUACGGCAUCUUCCUGGACUUCUUCCUUCACCCGACCUUUCUCUCCUUGGGAAGAGGUUGGCUCAUUCCUUCACUUCCUGGGGCCGUGACUCAGAUCUCGCCUUGCUGGUGAGGAAGGGGGCCCCGAGGGAGGGGUUCCGUGCCCACCCUGCUUAAUGCCCUGUCUACACACCUGAUGCUCACCUGGUGCUUCUGCACCAUGUUCACUCUGUACAGGGAUUUCUCUUGUGUUCCCUGCUGACUGCCUUUAAGCCCACCCACGAGGAGAGGAGAGUAAGGCUCUCUCGGUGAAUGGCUUGCUGCUGUCCUCAGCCUCAUACCACAGAAGCUUGUGUGUGGAAGGCUUUUAGAAGGCUUCUGUGGAAUGUGAGCAUUGCAUAUUUCUGGGAACAGCCACAGGUUCUCCAUCCUCCAGGGCCCCCUUCUCUGUAGCUCACUCAGACGGGAGCACACCUUCCUGCCCUUGUGUUUGAUUUGAAGGCACUGGAGACACUGUAGCCAGAUGACAGUCCAGAGGUGCACAAUCCUGCAGGGGGAAGAGGGGGACCAUCCCAGCUCUGGUCUUGCAGUCUGUGAGUUGAAGUUUGAAGAUUUAUCUGGACUUUACAAAACGUAUGUUGGUGAGCAGCCGCCCCUUAACACAUCCUGCUGAGAAAACUGGGUUUCCACGUGUGCAUGAAACUAGAUCCCUGUCUCUCCUCUGGUACAAAGGUCAGCUAAAAAUGGAUCAAGGACUCUUAACAUACAACCUGAAGCUUUGAAACUAUCAGAGAGAAAAACAGGGGAAACAACUGAAGACAUCAUCAGAAGCAAGGUCUUUCUGAACAGAGCCCCCAUAGCCGGGGAAUACUCAGAUCGCAUGAAAUUAUAGUCUUCACGGUUCAGGGAGAACUUGACCAGCAUUCACCUAACGGGGUCCAAUAUCCAAACUCUACAGGGAACAAAAAAGUUGGCAAAGUCAAGUAAUCCAAUAAAAAAAAAUGGGUGAGUGAUCUGAGUUAUUCUCUCAAAA